GACAAGACACAUAUUGCAAAGAGAAGAGCUUACUGCCAGCCGUGCAUAUACUUACCGGCAGCCAUGAAGCGCAAAUGUAUCUGUGAAAUAUGCACAUGCGGACGCCACCGUUGUCCCCAUAAUCCUACACAUAUUACUGAGAAAUCUGGAAAGCAAUGUGUUCUUACUGAAUACGUGGAAAAAUACCCUCAGUACGAUAAUGUACAACCUCCAAAGAGUAUGAAACCAAAGCAAGAAUACAGUGGCGAGCAUGGAAGAAUGGAAGGCAUAACUACAUUUAAGUCUGAUUAUGUCCCCUAUGAAAUACUUAAUCGUCCUGUACGUGCACACGAAGAAUAUCAGCCUAAACCUGGUAGCAUUGAGCUAGGAACCACUUACAACAGGGAUUAUAACCCACACAAGCUAGAACCUGUGGCACCUAUACGUCCAGUGGAUAAAGGACAGGCAAAUCCUGGAAGGUUUGAUACUAAUCCUACAUACAAAGAUGAUUUCAGACCAUGGGAAUUUCAGAAACGAGAACUUGCUAAACAAGAACGUGUUUACCAAGCACCAACAGAGAAAUUUGGAAAUUCAACUACUUUUCAGGAUGACUUUUUUCCAAAACAGAUAAUGCCAAGAGAGAGCUUUAAGCCACUUGGUGUUGCAAAGAACAGGGACAUUCCUUUUGAGGGAACAACAAGCCAUCGCAUAUCUUAUGUUCCUCAUGAAGUAGAACCACGUUUUGUAAGACAAAAAGAAGAAUAUAAGCCAAGCAGCCAACCUUUUGAGGAUCUCACAACCCAUCGUCUAAAUUUUAAGGGUGCAAUUGGAGAGAUAACUAAAAGCUGCAAACCUGAACAUGGCAAAGUUGGAAGCAAUGCUCAGUUUGAGGGUGCUACUGAAUUCCGAGAUAGUUUUCAGCCAUGGUCAAUCCCUGCACCGUAUGUUCACAAAUCCUAUGAGUAUGUGCCACCCAAAUCCCAUAUGGAGUGUGAUACAACAACUCAUCUGGAUUAUGUUCCACAUCAACUGAAGCUGGUUGCCCCUAUCAGGCCAGUAACCCAUGGACGAAGAAGCAAUGUUCCUUUCCAAGGAAGUUCAACAAUGAAGGAUGAUUUCAGAGCCUGGGAAGGAGGGCGGCAAGAAAUGAUUAAGAGAGAUCAUCUUAUUCCAAAGCCUAGUGGGAAAUUUGAAGGACUAACAACUUUCAAAUCUCAUUAUCAACCCCAUGAGAUAAAUCCAACCCAGAGCUUUAAGCCUUUAAACAUGCCGCUCCGCACAUCUGUGCCAUUUGAAGGUGCAACAAUGUAUCGGUCUGAAUAUACACCCAAAAAGAGUGAGCUUUGCCCAGCAAAUUACCCUUCACCUCCUGGUUACGUCUUUGAAAGUAUUGAUAACAGAGGCCAUAAGAUCUUUCGGAAGAUUCUUACUCCAGAAAUAAAAGCAUUUACAAACCAAAACGGAAACACAAUGGCAAAGGCAAUCGCUGUUAUGUCUUAACCACAAUUGCCAGUAAUCUUCCAGAGCAUUGAGCAGCAAGCAGCAAAAGAAUAAAUGCUUACUAAGCACUUUGAAUUGCUUUCAGAUAUUUCAGCUUCUGUUUAAUCUGAUUUAUUUUUGUAGUUUAUUUACUAAAAAUGAGAAAAGCUACGCUAUAACCAAAGUUUACAUUAUUAUGCCCAUAGACUAGCAACAACGAAUCAUAAUUUCUCUUGAUUUUAAACCUGGUGCCCAUAGUGCAGAAGUAAAUAUAAUCAAUAGUAUAAAAUGAAUAACCAUACGUCUCAUGAGAGACAAAUGCAGUCAGCUCCCUCUGUCUGGGUUGAUAGAUCACUGAAUUCAGAUAUGUAUGGCACCUAAGAGCAUUAAUACUACUGCUAGUGGUCCUUUUGCACAAUUUGAGAAUUAAUUUAAAAGACAGUAUUCAGUAUCCUCAUCAGCAGUGCAAUUGUCAUUUUAGGCGCAGGUUUUGUUUGCUUUAGUGAAAUAGUUUAUAAUUAUAUGGACUUGAUUAUUUGGGGAAAUUAUAAAUGUUACACUUUUCUUCUAAUCAGUGGUAUAGCUAUUAUAUUCUUUAAAAAGUGCUGUUUUUGAUAUUUUCAAUUCUGAUUUUUCUGUACAAUGUACCUCAAUUUGUUGAUUACAAUUAGUGGUACAGGUAUAGGAUCCCUUUUCCAGAAACCCGUUAUCCAGGAAACUCCGAAUAACGGAAAGGCUCCAAUAGACUCCACUAUAAGCAAAUAAUUCUAAUUUUUAAAAAUGAUUCCCUUUUUCCCUUUAGAAAUAAAACAGUACCUUAUACUUGAUCCCAACUAAGAUAUAAAUAAUCCUUAUUGGAUGCAAAACAAUCCUGUUGGGUUUAAUUAAUGUUUUAUUGAUUUUUUAGUAGACUUAAGGUAUGGAGAUCCCUUAUUCGGAAUACCCUUGGUCCCGAGCAUUCUGGAUAACGGGCCCUAUACCUGUAUUGCUACUGCAUUUUUAUUUAAAAAAAAACCCUUAUGAUUUUUGUAUACAUUGUACUUAAUCAAUUUCACUAAUAAAACUAAAACAUAAA